AUGGAAGAAGCUCACGUAUGGACGCGCCGGCGGCUGCAGAGAGAGACGAGGCCGUUUCUGGAGUAUGGACCGCCCCCUGACAGUCGAACCGCACCGCCCCCGCCGCCUCCGCCGCCUCUCGAGAAGCGACUGAAAUACGUCAGCGUAGCAAAGCCCGUCGUCAAGUGGUCCACGACGCACGUGGCUCGGCUGCCGCCGCCCCCAGUGCCCGCGGCUCCGCCGGGCCCGGAAGCGCGGCCGCCGCCCCCGCAGAAGCUGCACGUGCUGUACGCCCCCGCGCCCAUCGCGAACGCUCCUCCGCCUCCACCGCCGCCACCCUCGCCGCCCACGCUGCCGCCGCCCAAGUACCAGACCGCCAAGCCGCUGCCACCGGUCACACCGCCGCCCUCGCCGCCGUCGCCGCCGCCGCCCCCGCCGCCUCCUCAGAAGCCCAAGCCGCCUGUGCGACCUCACCUAGUCUACGGGCCGCCGCCAGAGUUCCAGACGGAGAAACCCAGCCUGCCAUCUCCGCCGCCUCCACCGCCCCCGCAGCUGCCAGUGCGGCCAUAUGAUUCUGCAGAACAGACAGCUAUACCAGAGCCACCACACCGGUUCUCGCUGCCGGCGUCAGAUCACCACAAGAAGAGGCACUUCGUCAAGAGGGACACCGACAACGCCAUCACCUCCUUCCUCUACCGCUUCGUCGACGACGGCAGCGCUUUCGACGAGCGAGGCCAGCUGAAGCUGAACGCCCACGACAAGACGCUGGGCAGCUACGCCUACCGCUACGUCGGCACUGACGGCGUGACCGUCGACGUGUCGCGAACACCCGCCGCCUAGCCUGCGAGGUCGCUGCGCCGGGGUCUGCACACCCGUCCUGGAGGAAACUUCCUCCUCCAGUACCAGGAACAGUGUGCUAGCGACUAUAGAGGAGACAGUUAUCAUUCUGUGGACUUUACUGUGGUCGUCACCUACCUGCUCUUUACGAAGAACGUAUCAAAUCUGAUCUUUCCACGCAACGGGGAUGCGGAAGACUGCAAAGGUUUACAAACGUGCCACUAAGUGCUUGCAAUUUUGAAAAGAUGCGCAUCUGAAACUAUGUGAGUAAUUGCACCUAAAGAAGGUUGACCGUAUAUACAGAUUAAAGAUGAUAGUAAAAUUAUAUUUUCCUUAUAAGUGAGAAAAAUGAAA